AUGGACUUGAUUGCACAGGGAUACGGAAGCUCAUCAGACAGCGAGGACUCGUCCUCUGGCAAACCCGCAAAGGUCGCAAAGAUCACAUCCACCUCCCUUCAAGUCAACGGCGCGCCUGAUGUCAGCCUCGAGGACCCAAUGUACGCGCGCCACAUCUAUACCAACCCCACAGACACAACACUCUCCGUCAACCUCGACUACGACUCGAUGGUCCAACCAGUUCAAGGACCCGUCAACCCCUUUGCGUCCAAGACCCAGGAGGUUCGCAAGAACGUCUGGACGGGCCAUGUCGAGGAAAAUAUGUUUUCGGAAAACGACUUCAGGACACAGCAACAGUCUUAUGCUGCGUUUGGAUUCGCAAAGGACCCCAGUGUCUUGAGCGUUGCUGAUAACGGACAGACUGGAUCGGGAAAGAAGGGUUCAGGAUUUGUUGGAGAUAUCGAUAGAGCCAAAGAGAUGGAUGGUGCGACGAUAUGGGACAAGGUGCCGAAGCAUCUUCGCAACAAUCAGAACCAGAAAAAGAGACAGACACGAGGAGACCCCUCGGUACUAGAGGGCGAUAACGCUUAUAGAGGACCAUGGGCAACCUUCGAGGGAGAUGGCAUCGGCGAAAUUAGCGGGCCCACAGAGGAGGAGCGGGAUGUGCACGACAAGCAACGUGAGGCAGCAGCUGAGGAGAAACUGGCAAGGAACAAGGCAACCCCCGCCAAGGCUGUUGCCAACGGAUCAGAGACGACCGUUUUCCAUGGCAAGGAGGAGCACGAUUAUAUGGGACGGACCUACAUGCAUGUCCCUCUGGAUCUGGAUGUCAACUUGAACGGCGAGCCUGGAACGCAGACUUGCUUUGUACCAAAGAAGCUGUUGCACACUUAUACUGGACACAGCAAGGGUGUCUCUGCCAUCCGCUACUUUCCAAAAUCUGCGCAUUUGCUCUUGUCUGGAAGCAUGGACUCCAAAAUCAAGAUCUGGGAUGUGUAUCACGAUCGUAAGGUGCUGCGUACAUACUUGGGUCACUCAAAGGCAGUUCGGGAUGUGAACUUCAACAACAACGGCACAGAGUUCCUAAGUGCAUCUUACGACCGCAACAUCAAGCUCUGGGACACAGAAACAGGACAGUGCAAGGCAACGUUCUCCAAAAAGACCAUUCCCUUUGUAGUCAAGUUCAACCCGGACGAAGACAAGCAGAACGUGUUUCUGGCUGGUUGUUCGGAUCACAAGGUGUACCAGUUCGAUACAAGGUCUGGGGAUGUGACCCAGGAGUAUGAUCAGCAUUUGGGAGCUGUCAACACGAUUACGUUUGUGGAUGAUAACCGGAGGUUCGUCACUACUUCUGAUGACAAGUCACUCCGUGUCUGGGAGUUUGAUAUCCCUGUCAUCAUCAAGUACAUUGCUGAGCCCGACAUGCACUCCAUGCCUGCCGUCGCCAUCAGCCCCAACCAAAAAUGGCUGGCAUGUCAGUCGAUGGAUAACAAGAUCUACAUUUACAACGCCAAGGAUCGAGUCAGCCAGAACCGCAAGAAGCUGUUUGGGGGACACAUGGUGGCCGGAUACGCCUGUCAGCCAUCCUUCUCGCCCGAUGGACGGUACCUCUCCUCGGGAGACUCUGAGGGUAACAUGUGGAUUUGGGAUUACAAGUCGUGCAAGGUCCACAAGAAGUUCAAGGCCCAUGACGAGGUUGUCAUUGACUCUGCCUGGCAUCCUCAUGAGACCUCGUUGCUUGCGACUGCCUCCUGGGACUCUAACAUCAAGCUGUGGGUGUAA